AUCUUGAAUUAAAAAUAGAUUUGACAUUGUAGAGGUCAGAUCUUCCGCUCACACCCACGAAAACAGGCGUGCCUAUCCGCGCGAGUGGAUAAAACCUUCGUGUGGCCGAAACACCUGAAUUCUCGACGCGUCUAUGUUCAUUGCCCUGAACACACCAACCAAAGAAUGCCCCAUUUCCUUUCCAGUUUCCGUCUCCAAGCUUACUGUGCAAGGUAUUGCCUUUUUUUUUUUUCGUCCUUUUGAAUCCCCAUCGUUGGACACUCCUUCAGCUAUUUAUGAUUUUGCCGUUUUCCAGAAUUAGUCACCGGUCAUUGGGUGCAGGUAUUUAGUGGGUUCUUCUAAUUUAUCCCCGUUUUUCUGUUUUGUUUUAGAAUGAAGAUUUGAUGUAUAAAAUGGCUUCUUUCUCUGUUGUUUCUAAUGAUGGGCUGUUGACGACUCGAGAGAAGUUCAAAGUUCAUAUAAAGAAGAACGUAUCUUUGGGAGGCUGCAGAGGUCUGGGUUGUUCAUUGACUACCCCAUGCUGUAGUUCAGCCUCUUCUCGUUCGUUUGGGUCUGGUAAUUGUUGUAAGUCUCUAUAUAGGUUGGUCUAUAACGGUAAAGUUAGGCCAUUGAUCAAUGGAUUCAGUCCAGAUAGACGAACCAAGUUGGGGAGACGCAGAUUAUUCGAGAGAACUUCAUUUUCAUUUCCUUUGGUGGGCAUUGGUGAUUGUAAUCCUCAGCCAGGGUUGUUCUGUAACAGAAUAAUUAGGUCGGUGAUUAAUGGGAAUACUGGAGAUAAAGAAACUCAUUCGGGAAAAGGAGGAAAUGGUAAUUUCAAAAAGCGUUUCUCGUUCAGAUUGCGACCCAGGUUGCGAUUGUUGUCCAUAAGGUUGAGAAGGUUUUCAGCUCAGUCAAUGUUGAGGGACUUGGGGACAUUUGUGCGUAAGAAUAUGAGGCGACUGACAAUUUCUACCUCCAUCUCUGUCACAUUGGUGUUUUGUUAUUUAUUUAUGAACUUGGCAGCCUUGCCAUCUCCAAGAAUUGUUCCAUAUUCAGACUUGGUAGUGAACCUCCAAAACGGCUAUGUGUCAAAGGUUCUGUUUGAGGAGGGUUCUCGUCGUGUAUAUUUCAAUAAAAAUAUGAACUCUAAGAGUGUUGAAAAUGCACAAAUGUCAGAAGAUAAGUCAUUGGUGGUAGAUGUUUCAAAUGAGAAUGUGGUUGAUGCAGUGGCAAGCGAUGAUAGUGAAGGUACGGGCAAAAUAAUGAAUGAAAAUGUGUUGAGAAAAUUUUUCAAGACUCGUGUUUCUGCCCCUGAGUGGCAGUACUGUACUAGAAAGAUAGAUCAUGAUGAGAAUUUUCUUCUCGGUUUAAUGAGAGAAAAAGGAAUCAUAUACAGUUCAGCUCCUCAGUCAUUGUUUAUGUCUAUAAGGAGCAUUUUGGUUACCGUUUUAACUCUAUGGAUUCCAUUGACUCCUCUAAUGUGGCUUCUCUAUCGUCAACUUUCUUCUGCUAAUAGCCCAGCAAGAAAACGACGUCCUAGCAGUCAGAUGAUCAGCUUUGAUGAUGUGGAAGGUGUUGAUGCUGCUAAGGUGGAGCUCAUGGAGAUAGUUUUGUGCAUGCAAGGGGCUAUUAACUAUAACAAACUUGGAGCUAAGUUACCUAGAGGUGUGCUGUUGGUAGGUCCUCCUGGAACAGGGAAGACAUUACUAGCCCGUGCGGUAGCUGGAGAAGCAGGAGUACCAUUUUUUACUGUUUCUGCCAGUGAAUUUGUGGAGUUAUUUGUUGGAAGAGGGGCAGCUCGCAUUAGAGACCUUUUUAAUGUUGCAAGAAAAUGUUCUCCAUCAAUCAUAUUCAUUGAUGAGCUUGAUGCUGUUGGAGGAAAGCGUGGUAGAAGUUUCAAUGAUGAACGUGACCAAACACUAAACCAGUUGCUGACGGAAAUGGAUGGAUUUGAGUUGGACAUGAAGGUGGUGGUUAUUGCUGCUACAAAUAGACCAGAAGCAUUGGAUCCAGCUCUGUGUCGGCCUGGCCGUUUCUCAAGGAAAGUGCUUGUGGGAGAACCCGAUGAAGAUGGAAGGAGAAAGAUCUUGGCUGUGCAUUUGAGGGGAGUCCCUUUAGAGGAGGAUGCAUGUCUUAUCUGCAAUCUAGUUGCUUCUCUGACCCAAGGUCUUGUUGGAGCUGAUCUUGCAAACAUCGUCAAUGAAGCUGCUUUACUUGCUGCUCGCAGAGGUGGUGAAACUGUGACAAGGGAAGAUAUAAUGGAAGCAGUGGAGAGAGCAAAGUUUGGGAUCAAUAGGCAGCCAAAUCCGAAUGCAAUAAGCAAGGAAGUGGGGAAACUGUUCCCAUGGAUGCCAUCUCUUUUGGGAAGAAACCCAAGACAGGAUGGCUUGCCAUGGCCCAUAGGCUACCAAACUCUGAGUUAAUGAGUGAGUUUUUCAUUCUUUGUUCAUUUUUUUUUUGUUCACGUCUGAAAUGUCUGAUCAUUUACUGCUGCUAUCUGACUGGGUCAGAAAUUUUGAUUCUUAUUUGUAUGCUUAUGCUCAAUCCAUUAUUCUUUGAAAUGAAUGGGGAUGGUUUGUUGC